UCACCAUGGGGAUUGGAGACCAUCGAAAUAAUUAAUCAAUUAACGCUGAUGUGUGAGCUGCGUAGUUUUCCACCCACCUAAAAAUUAAAGAAGAGAAAACCUGAUGCUAACAUGUGCUUCCCGUGCUGUCUAUUGCUUCCACUUGUUGUUUCCCUGCGAAUGUUUUAUAAAAGCUAAUCUUAGCAUCUGCUUGUUUUCUUGUACAGUUUGUUCUGUAUGUGAGCUUUGGCUCUGAUUGUUUUCUUGUACAGUUUGCUUAAACUCUCUCCUUCUUAAUAUAUACUCCGGCCGGCUUUCGAAAAAAAAUCUUAGCAUCUGCUGAAUGAGAAGAGCAGUCUAAGUGUCUAGUGCUGUUCAGAUUCAGCUGCCCAGCCGCAAUCCAACCGGAGUUCAUAUCAAGAUGGGAAGUUCAGAAUUGGAGGAAACCAAGGCAGUCCUGCACAUGGAUUGUGAAAAGCCACCAGCAAUAUCUUGGGAGAGGACAUUUGAUGAUGAAGGAAAGAAGGUUGCAAUGUUUAGCAUGACCUUGAAUGACAUGAUGGCAAUUGUGCCGUUGAUGAUUAAAAUGCUGGGACUAAACCUGAAAGACAAUGCAAAAGGCCUGGCUUCAGUGUAUGAUCCACUGAAGAAAUGGAUGGACAACUGCUACCGCGGUGUACCCCUCGGUGGGAUUGGUGCAGGGAGCAUAGGGAGAAGCUACAGGGGAUAUUUUCAGCAGUUUCAGAUAUUCCCCAGUAUAUAUGAAGAGAAGCCUAUCCUAGCAAAUCAAUUUUCAGCAUUCAUUUCGCGCCCUGACGGAAAGAGAUACUCGACAGUGUUGUCGGCACCGAAUGCCGAUGUCCUCAAGGGAAUCGAUAAAGCUGGCAUUGGAUCCUGGGACUGGAAGCUGAAAGAGAAGAAUUGCACUUACCAUGGCUUGUUCCCAAGAUCAUGGACAGUAUACAAUGGUGAACCUGACCCUGAAAUUAAAAUAACUUGCCGUCAGAUAUCACCGUUCAUUCCUCACAACUACAAGGAGAGCAGCUUCCCUGUUGCAGUUUUCACUUUUACGUUACACAAUUCUGGAAGCACACCUGCAGAUGUAACACUGCUCUUCACAUGGGCAAAUUCGGUUGGAGGGAAAUCUGAACUGACCGGGAAUCAUAAGAACUCCAGAAUGACAGCUCGCGACGGCGUCCAUGGCGUCCUCCUCCAUCACAGGACGGCGGAUGGGCGCCCUCCGGUGACGUUCGCGAUCGCGUCGCGGGAGACCGACGGCGUCCGCGUCACCGGCUGCCCGCGCUUCACGAUGGGACCAUCCAACUCCGGCGAUGUCACGGCGAAGGACAUGUGGGAUCAGAUCAACAAGAAUGGUUCGUUCGUCGGGGACGGCAAUGCGGCGGCGGCGGCGACGGGAGCGUCGAGGCCCGGGUCGUCCAUCGGAGCGGCGGUGGCGGCGACGACGACGGUGGCGGCGGGUGGCGCGCGCGCGGUGUCGUUCGCGCUGUCGUGGUCGUGCCCCGAGGUGAAGUUCCCGGCGGGGAGAACCUACCACAGGAGGUACACCAAGUUCCAUGGCACCGAUCGCGACGCGGCUGCUGAGCGCCUGGCCCACGAUGCUCUUCUUGAACACAUGAAAUGGGAGUCCCAGAUCGAGGAGUGGCAGAGGCCUAUUCUGCAGGACAAGAGCCUACCUGAAUGGUAUCCAAUUACACUGUUCAACGAGCUCUACUACCUCAACGCUGGAGGCACCAUUUGGACAGAUGGGCAGCCUCCGAAGAACACCAGCCUUUCGUCAGCGACUGAGCCGUUCAACCUCGACACGUUCAGUACAGUCGCCAACGGCGGCAGCGCGGUCGACGGCAUUUUGAGCACGGUGGCGGUGGCGGCGGCGCGGUCGAACACGGCGGCGGCGGCGGCGGCGGCGAUGGGCACGGCGCUGCUGCGCGACGGCGAGGAGAACGUGGGGCAGGUGCUGUACCUGGAGGGGAUGGAGUACAACAUGUGGAACACCUACGACGUCCACUUCUACGCCUCCUUCGCCCUCCUCUCCCUCUUCCCCGAGCUCGAGCUCAACCUCCAGCGCGACUUCGUCCGCGGCGUCCUCCUCCACGACCCCUGCCUCCGCCGCACCCUUGACGGCGCCACCGUGGCGCGCAAGGUGUUGGGAGCGGUGCCACAUGACAUGGGGCUGAACGACCCGUGGUUCGAGGUGAACGCGUACAUGCUGCACGACCCGGUGAGGUGGAAGGACCUCAACCCAAAGUUCGUGCUGCAGGUGUACCGCGACGUGGUGGCGACGGGGAACGCCGGCUUCGCGGAGGCGGCGUGGCCGGCGGUGUACCUGGCCAUGGCGUACAUGGACCAGUUCGACCGCGACGGCGACGGGAUGGUCGAGAACGAGGGCCGCCCCGACCAGACCUACGACCUGUGGUCGGUGUCCGGCGUCAGCGCCUACACCGGCGGCCUCUGGGUGGCGGCGCUCCAGGCCGCCGCGGCCAUGGCGGGCAUCGUCGGCGACGGCGCCGCCGAGGCCUACUUCCGGGGGAGGUACCACCGCGCCAGGCGCGUGUACACAGACGAGCUCUGGAACGGCGGCUACUUCAACUACGACAACAGCGGCGGCGCCACCAGCUCGUCGAUCCAGGCCGACCAGCUCGCCGGUCAGUGGUACGCGCGGGCGUGCGGGCUGGAGCCGAUCGUGGACGGCGACAAGGCGCGGCGAGCGCUGGCGACGGUGCUCGACUACAACGUCAUGCGGGUGAAGGGCGGCGCCAUCGGCGCCGUCAACGGGAUGCGGCCGGACGGCGCCGUGGACGCGUCGUCGACGCAGUCCAAGGAGGUGUGGCCCGGGGUGACGUACGCCGUCGCCGCCGCGAUGAUCCACGAGGGGAUGCCGGAGGCGGCGUUCAAGACGGCCAAGGGCAUCCACGACGCCGGCUGGGGCAAGCACGGCUUCGGCUACGCGUUCCAGACGCCGGAGUCGUGGACGGCCGACGGCGGCUACCGGGCGCUGCACUACAUGCGCCCGCUCGGCGUCUGGGCGAUGCAGUGGGCGCUGUCGCCGCCGGUGCUCCACAAGGAGCACAGGGUGGCGGCGGUGGCGGCCUCGCCGGAGGACGCCGCACUGGGGCAGGAGAAGUUCGACAAGGUAGCGAGCAUGCUGAGGCUGCCUGAGGAGCAGCAGCACAAGGGGAUCCUUCGGGCGCUCUAUGAUACUCUUCGCCAAUUGCUGCUCCCAUCAUGAUCAUGAGUCAUCAUGAUCAUGAGUCAUAACAACUGAUGUAAGAUUAUCAUUGCAAUUGAAUUACAACUGGAAUACGCUUUGGUUCCAGAUUUAAUUAGUUACAUCAUACCACUUCAAACACAUGUAUAAACUGCACAGUUCGAUUCAUAGUACAUGAGAUUGAAUAGCAUGUAUUCACAAGAUUAUCACUGGGAUACGGUUUGGUUCCAGAUUUGAAUAGUUAAUCAAUACCACUUCUGGGAUACGCUUUGGUUCCAGAUUUGAAUAGUUAA